AUGACCAUAGCUACACCCCCAACUCACGUUACACUGCCUUCAGGCGAUCGUAUGCCUCUCGUCGGAUUGGGAUGCUGGCAGAGCGAACCUGAAGCACUGACCACGGCCGUUGCUCACGCUAUCAAAGUGGGCCACAGACAUAUCGACGGAGCGACCAUCUACGGGAAUGAAGAGGCUUUGGGCGAGGGGAUCAAGCAAUCGGGGGUGAAUAGAAAAGAUUUGUGGGUAACUACGAAAUUAUGGAAUGAUGAUCAUCGUCCUGAAGACGUCAUCAAAGCUUGUAAAAGAUCUUUGGAAUUAUUGGGAUUGGACUACAUCGAUCUUUGGUUAAUGCAUUACCCUGCUGCUACCGAUACCAACCCGAACGAUUAUAAUGACAUUAAAGUGUUAGAUAUACCUUAUACAGAGACUUGGAAAGCUAUGGAGGAGAUUAAGCCUGCCGUGCAUCAGCUGGAAAGACAUCCUUAUCUGCCUCAGAACGCAUUUAUGAAGUACCAUAAAGAGAUUGGUCUUCAUGUUACAGCCUACAGUCCACUUGGAAAUACCAACCCCUCAUUUGCAGAUCGAGACCCUCUACCUCCCAUCCAGAAAAAUUCCGCUGUGGUGGCGUUGGCAGCGAAGUAUGGUAUUUCACCUGCAAAUGUCCUUAUCAGCUUACAAGUAUCCGAGGGAUGCUCAGUCUUACCCAAAUCGGUAACGCCCAAACGUAUCGAAGAGAACCUAAAGGUGGUUCAGCUUACUGAGGUGGAUAUCAGGUCGAUCGCAGAUGCUACCAAAGGUCAGAGAGCAAGAUACUGUGAUUUUAGUGAGAUCAUCGGCUAUAAAUAUUAUGAGGGUCUGGAUGACAGUGAUUGA